AUGGCGACCGCCAGGCUGUCGCCAACGGCGAAUCUUCUACGGAAGUCGCGGUUGUUCGCACUUCCGCAGGCUUUGCAGCCUCCUCAAGACCCCCCAUCAUCCAGGGCUGUGUUCGAGUCGGACACUGCAACACUUCCUCACCCUAUCCGGGCCUCAAUUGUGACACCGCAAAAGUCGCUCGCCAGAGGCGAUUGGGGUCUGAAGAGAGCUCUACCAGCUAAGUCGACAUCGGAGAAAUCAUCGAGGCCCAUCGUUCGCCUUCACGCCCUGGACACCUACGAACAUGUCACCGACUUCGAGUCCGCAGCCGAUCACACGAUGACCCUCGAGAAGUUUCAGGAGCUGCACAUGCCCAUGUCCCUGCCCGCCAAGGUCAAUUACGCGACAAGCAUUGUCCCCAGACAUCAGAGUCCAUUCGAGACGCACGUCGAUAACACCGAGACCAGCAAGGGUCUCGGAGAGCCGGGAGCCAAACAAUACCGACACUCUGGUCCUUGGCUUGCUGGUAUGACUCAGGCAGAGUUUGCUGCCUACCUGAGCCAGAUGACCCGCAAGAAGCCCGAGUUGCUGCAAAAGCUGCGUGAGCGGUUCGUGGCCAAGCGCAACGCAGAGGCCCGGAAGCAGGCGCAGGACAAUGGGGAGGAUUUAAAAACCCUCCAGCCGUCCAAGGUGACUGACGAGGAGUUCCAAACAUACAUCAAGACCCUGCGUGCCGAUCCGUUUGCCCUCGGCCCGGUUGUUUUCGAAUUGCUGGAUCUUCCCUCGUCGCCUGCUGUGCCCAGCGAGCGAAUUGGGCGAAAGUACUACCAGUCCCCCGGAACGAAGCUUUCCGCGCCUGAAUAUGCCGUGACUGGUCCUCCUAAGACACACCCAUCGGCCGGUCUAUCAUACACCCGCUCACACGCUUUGACAUACAACCACCCGCAAUACGGUCCCCAAGCCUAUCAGCGUCCUGUGGAGGCCCGUAUCCUGCGUCCGAAGGGCCGAUUCCGCGGACGGAUGUCGCGCGCUAUAGCAGGUAUUGGUGGUAUUGCCGUGGAAGACCUGAAUGCCAUGACUUUCAUGGACCAAGGUUCUCCCCCUGGCCUGACUUUCUUCGAUGCCACCAUCCCCGGAGGAGCCAAGUACUGGGUCACCCCGAUCCGUGCUGCUGUCGACUCGGAGGGUAGAAUCGGUCUUUCUUCGUACCGUGCGGGUGCUGCUUCCAAGGCACCUUACGGUAUCGAAGAUUACAAGAAGCCGGGCGCUGCCAGCAUCACCGAUGCUGCCCAUCGCCACGCUAACAUGGUGCCCCGUCUGGACCGACCCCGAUACCAGCAACGACCGCAGACCGGGAGACAGCCCAUGAAGGGCACCGAAGAUAUUGCCCGCCUUCUCAUGAACGAUUUGAGCGCAGGCCCAAAGAGCAAGCGCCGGAGUUCAUGA